CACAUCCGGGUUACUAUCGCGUCUCUUCACUCUCAUUCCGCUCCCCUUUCCUGCGCUCUCGACCGGGGCGGACUGUGGCUGCAGAAGACACCCACGGUUCCACGGUGGCCGUCUCGUCGUGGGGAACUCUCGAGGCGCCCAUUGCCCGCGCAGCCGGCCGCCCAUGACGCGGGAUCCGCUGCAGGUGGUGCACGGCGGCGAGCACUCCUCGUCUGUGCGACAUCUUCGCGCUCAAGUAGCAUCACUCGCUAACGUUAGCUAACAACAUCGAUCUCCGCUACUCCACCCCCUCUACCGAUCAACAUCUCCAAUCAACGUUUGAUUGAUAGCUAAGACUGGACCACAUAGGAGUUACUGCCUUCUAUUUAGCACAGGAAACCUAUCACUUUACUGAACUCCCCUAACGUUUUAUAUUCAGGGCCCGUGGUUCCAGGGAAGCCCCUCACUUUUAAGCGAGCGGUGUUGUAAUUACUAAACACAAUUUCUCUGAGGCCACUUUUGGAGCCGCUUUCUUUUCUACCUCAUCACCCCGAUGCCUCCUCUCUCCUCCUCGGGACCUCAACUCGCAUUCACAGUUUCAUCGGGACCGCUGCAUCUGACAAUCCGUUGAAAGAGCUGCACGGCGGGUUUUCGAGGUCCUCUCCACCUGCUCCCUUUUUAUCUUCACUUGUUGUAGAAGAAGCUUAGCUGGCCUAUUUAUCCACCUCACACCCACUCAAGAGUGUAGAUCCUCUUGUCUGUCCAUCACCGGCAACCCACUCCUGAAUCUCGCGAGCAAUCUCUCGUGACCGCCCCGAGCCACGGGUCUCGCCAUGCCGGGUCCGGUGGCCGGUAGCAAGUCCCGUGUGUACGCCGAUGUCAACACACUGAAGAGCCGGGAUUACUGGGACUACGAGGCCCACGUACCCAACUGGAACAACCAGGAGGACUAUCAGCUGGUACGUAAACUGGGAAGAGGGAAGUAUAGUGAAGUCUUCGAGGCCAUAAACAUCACCAACAAUGAGAAGGUGGUAGUCAAGAUUCUGAAGCCGGUUAAGAAAAAGAAGAUCAAGCGUGAGAUCAAGAUUUUGGAAAACCUGCGAGGUGGGACCAACAUCAUCCGUCUGGUCGACACAGUCAAAGACCCCGUGUCCAGAACGCCAGCACUCGUCUUUGAAUGCAUCAAUAACACAGACUUCAAGGAGUUGUACCAGAAAUUGACUGACUAUGAUAUCCGUUUUUAUAUGUAUGAACUACUGAAGGCCCUGGACUACUGUCACAGCAUGGGAAUCAUGCAUCGCGAUGUCAAGCCCCACAAUGUGAUGAUUGACCACCAGUUGAGAAAGCUACGCUUAAUAGACUGGGGUUUGGCGGAGUUCUACCACCCUUCACAAGAGUACAACGUCAGAGUGGCGUCCCGAUACUUCAAAGGCCCCGAGCUCCUGGUGGAUUACCAAAUGUAUGAUUACAGUCUAGACAUGUGGAGUUUGGGUUGCAUGCUUGCCAGUAUGAUCUUCCAGAAAGAGCCCUUCUUCCAUGGACAGGACAACUACGAUCAGCUGGUGCGAAUUGCCAAGGUUCUGGGGACUGAUGAGCUGUUCGGCUACCUGCGUAAAUACCACAUUGAAUUGGAUCCACGCUUCAAAGAUCUGCUUGGACAACAGAGCAGGAAACGCUGGGAGCAGUUUGUUCAGACCGAGAAUCAGCACUUGGUGAGCCCUGAGGCUUUGGACCUCCUAGACAAGCUGCUUCGCUACGACCAUCAACAAAGACUGACCGCCACAGAGGCCAUGGAGCAUCCCUACUUCUACCCCGUUGUUAAGGAGCAGUCUCUGUCGAAUUCUGACAACAUGGUUUCCAGUGGCAACACCACGGCACGAUGAAACAAAGAAAUUAGAAAGAAGAAGGAUGUUUGUUACCUCAACUUUGUCCGCAGUUGUGACAGUGACUUUGACAAGUGUACAGUGACAGUGGAUCAAAGUAACUGACCAGUUACACACUCACAGAUAUGUGCAUACAGACACACACCCAUACACAUGCAAGCAGGUAUACAUACACCCUCCUCCUCUGUAUCAGUCUGUGAUUGGCCUGUUCUGGUGUCCUGUCCGGCAGCCUGACCAAUGAGCUUGAAGUUGCUCACUCCCUGACCCUCCAAUGUCAGUCUCAUGUACAAGGACAAACUACGUUUAAAGAAAAAUUCCCUCCUACAAGUCCAUUCUUCCUUAAUAUCGUUCCGCCUCUUUGUUUGCAUCAGCAUGGACGAUGGACAGGAGUGUGACCCUAUACAAGCCACCACCAUCCCCUCUCCCCGAGUCCCGUUAAUCCAUGCACACAUCAGUCCAUCUCCUCUCUUUGCCAUCUUUUACCCUGACAGACAAAUAUGUCUUAGCACUACUCCAGUUCUGAAAGUGGCAUGGUGGACUCUCUAGCUAGAAUGAUAAUAAUAUUAAUGAAAAAUAAAUGAUUUUUAUUUAGAUGA